AUGACCCUCCUUCAAGCAGUCCUCUCAGCAAUACCCACCUUUCCUAUGUCAUGCUUUCAGUUACCAGUUAGUAUAUGCAAGAAAAUACAAUCAGUAUUGACUCGUUUCUGGUGGGACUCAAAUGAUGAAAAGAAGAAGAUGUGUUGGGUUUCUUGGGAAAAACUAACUAACCCUAAAUGUAUGGGAGGACUCGGGUUUAAAGAUAUCCAACGUUUCAACACAGCCUUGAUAGCUAAAAUACCCUGGAGAAUGCUCAACAAUCCUAACUGUCUACUAUCUAGAGUAUUGGUGGGCCAGUAUUGUCAAAAUGAUAGUCUACUGAAGGUUAGCCUAACGAAAACAGCAUCACAUGGAUGGAGAGGAAUCCUAGCAGGAAGAGACUUACUUGUCGAUCACCUUGGGAAGGUCAUUGGAGAUGGAUCAACCACCAAGAUUUGGGGGGAACCAUGGAUAUCACCAUCCUCUGCCACACUCCCCUUUGGUCCUACAAAAGAAGAUGAGAGUGAUCUUUAUGUCUCUGACUUGAUCCUAAGAGGGAGCGGAUCUUGGAAUAUCACAAGACUACAAGAGCUCUUACCUGAGCUUACUAAGGAGAUCAUGUCUCUUAGACCAAGUGUAACUGGCGCACAAGAUUCUUAUGUAUGGUACCCUGUAGCAUCGGGGUCUUAUUCAGCAAAAUCGGGAUAUGCAGCAGCAUCAGCGAGCCUCUUGCCUACAAUGAAUCAACCGGUGGUCCCAACUACUUUCAAUUGGCACAAAUCAGUGUGGAACGUGGAAAGCCCUCCAAAACUGAAACUCCUAAUCUGGAAAAUCCUCCAUGAAGCGCUUCCAACUGGUUUAAAUCUGCAAAAAUGA